AUGCCACCAGCCCUAGCCGAGAAAUCUCCAAUCAUUGGACUGAGGGGCGGAAAGGAGGAUGAAACAGCAGCAGCAGCAGCAACAAUAGCAUCAGGGCAAGAUUUGCCUCGCCCAAACCGACUACGACGCGAAGGAUAUCCGUCCUCGCGAGGAGACCGCCAACGUCACCAACAGCUGCGGACAAAGCAGGAGCGUAUUCCGUAUGCCCCGGUAUCAUGGAACCACCAUGACCAGCAGGAGUGGGGGCAAGAGCACCGAAAACUGGACAGAACAACGAAAGGGGAUCCAAAGCUCUCGUUAGAACCAGAGAUCCUAGAAGAUGGGAAUAGUACCUUGAUUUACCGCGCUGCCACCACACCUCCAACCAAAGGUAUGUGUCCGGUUGCCCUCCAUAACUCCAACGCUGCGGUACUGCGAGAAGACCGGGAUAACGCCGCGCCGUCGACUGUGAUUGCCGGCGCGUUGUCUGUGUGGAAAAGACUGCGGCAGGCCGCAACCGCACCAUCUCGACUGCGAUGCCCGAGCCCGCCGUGCUGUCUUGGGAUGCACGCACACACGUACCAGGGGGGCGACCUCGGAGAGGAGAUGUCGCACAUCCAGGGAGCCGUUGUGGUCCGCAGGCCCGAUCUGGUGCGGGCCCCCGGAUCCCUGGCGCCUGCCCACGACCUUGACUUCGUCAAGACGUUUCAGUCCUAUUUCCAGAUCGCGCAAAGCUCGCUGCUAAGGCUAUUGACCCCGUACUGUUCGGGAGAGGACCCAAGGCGAGACAUCGAGGAGUGCGUGAGGAUCCCUACGUUGGUCAGCAUGGCAAACGUGUACACUAACAAGAAGGGGGCCGUGUGGAACGAGAAUGUGUUCGUGAUGACCCAGGAGUGGACCCCGAACUACUACCACUUUACGGUGGAACAUCUUCCGCGGAUCACUUUGGGGCUAGAUAUCCUUCUCGAAAACCCAGAAAUCAUGAUCUCAAUGCAUUUCUACCAGCGCGACCCACUACAUCACGACAUUUCGGCAGUGCAGGAAGUUCAAAUGGAGAUGCUUGAGAUUCUGGGAAUCAACAGAAAGCGCGUCGUCUUUGUAAAUACAGAGAUGCAUGCAGAACUAGCGAUUGUGCCGACUAGUACUAAUUGCGGCGACCCCGACCUGCAGAUGGUCAACAUGCUCAGGAACAGAUUCUUGCAGAUAUCGAUGCAUGUUGGAGUCGUCCUGGUCGGGAUGGGCUGGCAUUGCCCCCUCACGAAGCAGAACUUAUCCACGUCAUCGGCGACUGCUGCACUGUCUUCGCAGGGCCUUUUCCCGACCACGAAUGGCGUUCCUCCUGCGCCACCCCGCCCGGUGAUUGUGCUUGUUGUGCGCAACAAACUUCGGGGCCUGAUGAAUAACGAAGAGGUGAAAGAGGCCCUGGAGAGAAAUUUUCCAAGCUUCGACGUGGUGGAGUUCUUCGGCACAGGUUCUGUCCGUGACCAGCUCGAGACCUUCGCAACCGCGGCCAUGAUCAUUGCUCCCCACGGGGCCGGGCUUGCCAACAUGAUGGUCGCGCCCCUGCACACUCCGGUGCUGGAGAUAGGGACGUUAGCGUGCCCCCCCUGCUUCUUGAGGCUCGCGUUGAAGCUCCACCACAUCUACGCGAGACAUCCCGGGGGCGAGUGGUCACAGACGUGCCAUGCAUGGUACCAGCCAGACGUCGAUGAAAUCGUCGAACUAGCAAGCCGUGCCCAAGGCAGCUCUUCGCUGAACGGAGUGUAG